GCGUUGUCUCUAGGCGACAAUACUAAGAAACAGUUCUCUUUUCUGGAGAUGAACUCGAAGAUGAAUAAUCCCUCUGCCUCGUCGACCUCAACUUCCGACAAGGAUCUUGGAUUCUGCAUGGGUUUAGAUAUUGCUUUUGGUGGUCACAAAUCGUUGUCAUCCUCUUCGUCUCCGUCGGUAGAAGAUGAGAAGAAGAAACCGGUGCCGAGAGCAAAACUUUCUGAUGGAAUUAGGGUUUCGUCUCCAGUAGAUCCACCAUUACAGCUUCAGCUUCACUUCCCUAAUUGGCUCCCUGAGAACAGUCCACAAGGAGGACGAACGCUCUCAGGAGCAGCUAUGGUUGCGGAGGAGGAAGAGGAGGAGGAGGAAGCGGUGCCUAGUAUGUCAGUAUCGCCGCCGGAUAGCGUAACGUCGUCGUUUCAAUUGGACUUUGGGAUCAAAAGUUAUGGUUACGAGAGAAGAAGCAAUAAGAGAGAUAUUGAUGAUGAAGUGGAGAGAUCUGCUUCAAGAGCAAGCAAUGAAGACAACGAUGAAGAAAAUGGAUCCACUAGGAAGAAACUUAGACUCUCUAAAGACCAAUCUGCUUUUCUUGAAGACAGUUUCAAAGAACACAGUACCCUUAAUCCUAAACAGAAGAUUGCAUUGGCAAAGCAGUUGAAUCUUCGUCCUCGUCAGGUUGAAGUUUGGUUUCAAAACAGACGAGCCAGGACAAAGCUGAAGCAAACGGAAGUGGACUGUGAAUACCUAAAGAGAUGCUGUGAGUCACUAACCGAAGAAAACCGGAGGCUUCAAAAAGAGGUUAAAGAAUUGAGAACCUUGAAGACUUCCACACCCUUCUACAUGCAACUUCCGGCUACAACUCUCACUAUGUGCCCUUCUUGCGAACGUGUUGCCACUUCAGCAGCACAGCCGGCCACGUCAGCUGCCCACAACCUCGGUUUGUCCACGUCAUCAUUGAUUCCGGUUAAGCCUCGGCCGGCCAAACAAGUCUCAUGAAAGCACGUGUGCCCAAGUAAAAAUCGUUACAGUUU